UCUUCUAUCCCGACUGACGUUGGACAACAAAGAUGGCUGCAGGAACCAGCAAUUAUUGGGAAGAUCUCAGGAAACAGGCUCGACAGCUGGAAAAUGAACUUGACCUGAAACUAGUUUCCUUCAGUAAACUAUGUACAAGUUACAGUCACAGCAGUGCCCGAGAUGGAAGACGCGACAGGUAUAGCUCUGACACAACACCCCUUUUAAAUGGAUCAAGCCAAGACAGAAUGUUUGAAACAAUGGCAAUUGAGAUUGAACAGCUUUUGGCAAGGCUUACAGGAGUAAAUGAUAAAAUGGCAGAAUAUACCAACAGUGCAGGUGUCCCAUCUUUGAAUGCUGCACUGAUGCAUACAUUACAGAGGCAUAGAGAUAUUUUGCAGGAUUAUACACAUGAAUUCCAUAAAACCAAAGCAAACUUUAUGGCAAUACGGGAAAGGGAGAAUCUCAUGGGAUCAGUACGAAAGGAUAUUGAGUCAUAUAAAAGUGGGUCUGGAGUAAACAACAGAAGAACUGAACUAUUUUUGAAAGAACAUGACCACCUUCGAAACUCAGAUCGUCUGAUAGAAGAGACAAUAAGCAUUGCUAUGGCAACAAAAGAAAAUAUGACUUCCCAGAGAGGAAUGUUGAAGUCGAUUCAGAGCAAAAUGAAUACUUUGGCCAAUCGUUUUCCUGCUGUGAACAGCCUGAUCCAGCGGAUCAAUCUUAGGAAGCGGCGAGACUCCCUCAUCCUGGGCGGAGUCAUUGGCGUCUGUACCAUCCUGUUGCUGCUGUAUGCUUUCCAUUGAUGGAACGCCUUGGGGGACUCUUGGCGGCCUCCACUUUCACACCCUGAUCUGGAAUAAGGAAAUGUAGGAAGGAGAAGUUGAUUGUCCUGAUGAUUAGCCUGACCAGCAGGAGUAAUUCAGGACUGACAGCGGUGGACUCUGUGUCGUGGUCAGGGUGAGCUGAAGCCACAGUUUCUCUAUGCUGUCUUUUCUAACACACAUUUCCUUCUGUUAUGAGUUAAAAAAAAAAAAGUGUCAGUUGCUUUUGUCUUCCCAGGAGGUAAGUAAACCAAUCAGAAACAGAGUUUCUGUGCUUCAGUAAUAGUAUGGAAGGCUGAUGACAAGCCAGGUCUUACAGCUGGACUCCAGAAAACCAGGUUUCUCUGUAUCCAAAGACUGCAUUCCUUUUAGCCCCCAGACUGGGUUGUGAAUAAAAAUAGUUCUUGUGCUUUUAUUUGACACUCAUGAUGAGAAACCACAAGUCAUUUCCUAAUAAGCUGUACUAUAAAUUUCUAUUCUGUGUCCCUGUUUUGGUAUUCAAGGAAAAUUACAUUUUUCACAGAUUCUUUGAGAUGCCAACAGGUCAACUUCAACACAGUUGCGGUUGUCUGAAACAGAAGACAAACACUGCAAAAAAACUUUUUUUUUUCCUUCUUUUUGUAAAUUGUAUGCACACUGGGGUUGACUAUAUUACUGGAAAAGCAUCAAGAAUAACAGGCUUUUUUGUCAGUCGUUGUUUUGAUUUUUUGUUUAUUUCUUUCAUUGGAUUAAUAUUUUCUACUACAAGUCAAUGAAAUUCCAGUACUACCAUGAUAAAAGUAACUAGUAGCCAGUGUCUGUCAUUGCCCUCACCAGUUCCUCAGAGUGAGCGGACUGCUCAGUUUUCAACUGAUUAUUCAACAAGCCUCAUGUAAAAAGACAUUGACUGAGGGGUCACCAUCCAGAUGAUUCCAUUUGUAAAUGCUCCGUGGUCUAGGAGCAAAAGUUUGAGAACUGCUGCCUGAUGUACUAGGAAUUCUGGGUUUUAUGAAAAUCUGUUCAUUCCAAAUCUGUUAAGAUUUCCCAAACAUCCAGAGAACUGUUUUACUGUUAAAGGUGCACGUAACAGAAUCUGUCUCCAUCUGCACCUGUCUUCUACUACCAUCCCUGGACAGUGACAAAAUUUUUAAACUACCCACCAGAAUUCUUUUCAGGUUUAACCAUUUCUCCAUUUCUGUAAAUGUGUGACUUGUCUAACUGAACUACCACAGACAGCUUGAAGACUUCAGCAUCUGCACUCCUCACCAAGAAAGUUGCUCCUCACCAUUGCAAUUGACUCUGGUAUUGAUAGUAUUGGCUUCCCUGUGCCACAGGGAAUAAAAGGAUAUUAGUGUGUAGUUCUUAACUGCAUCACAGUGCGUGGGUGAGGACAUUCAGGUGAACUCAGUCACAGGCUGAUGGUUAUGCUAACCCCUGGUCUGGUACAGAAACAAAGGUUUUUCCUUCUGGUGUCAAAGUUUUAUUAUGUCCUGGGUAUGAAAGGCAUUUGAUACUUUUUUUUUUUAAACUACGGGGUUUAUUUUUCUAAAUAUGGGUUGAUCGAUCAGUUACUUGAUUGGGGAUGACCUUAAAAGAAAGUCUGAGUUUUCCCAACAUGAACCUUAAAGGAUCAGAGAAGUUCAUUUAUUAAAUUCUCUGUUGGGAGAACAAAACUUCUCUCCCCUGACACUUUAUUAUUAUCUUUGAUUUUUCAAAGGGCCUUGAUUGGUGAUUGUGCCUCAGCUAAAAUUUAUUAGGACUUUCAUUGCUAUAUGGUUGGCAUUUAUAAAAUCUGAAGUAUCAUAAAUAAAGUUAUUUAUUUAAUUAUAAAAAAAA